AUGAUUGCACUCAAACUUGCUCUUAUAUCAUUGGCGGCUGCAUCUCCUGUUAUGGUAGAAGUACGGCAGGACACUGGAGGCUUCCAGAAGGAGAUGUUGGCCUCCCACAACUUCUAUCGCUACCAACAUGGAGCCAAAGAUUUGAUUUGGGAUGAUGGUCUUGCCAAAUCUGCACAAGGCUGGGCGGAUACUUGCAACAUAUACCACGAGGGAACCUGGGCGCAGGGUAUUGGAGAGAACCUUGCUUGGAGGUGGCCAUUCAUUAACUGGGCCGCCUUUGUGAACUCAUGGGGUGUCGAACGGUUGCAAUACAACUGGAACACCCCUGGGUCUCAGGAUGCUGCUGGUCAUUUCACCCAACUGGUAUGGAAGCAGACGACCAAAGUUGGGUGUGGCUGGAAGCUCUGUAAUGGCUAUCUUUACUACCUCGUUUGCAGAUAUAGCCCUGCCGGCAACGACUGGGGUUUAGGGCAGUUUGAGGCAAACGUGGCGCCUCAAAUUCAUGGUAGCCCGACUGAUGUGUAUAAGUAG